AUGGAUGCGAGUAUAACUAAGGAAGCAAGUUUCAACCUGAGUCCCCCGUCCUUCAUUUACUACACGGCGCCCACUCCGAACUCCAUGAAUGUGUCUCAAUCGGUUUUGGAGCAACGAGCGCUUGGUAAACCAAACUUUUCGGCGUUACUAGCCACAGUCACAGAUGCAUCUACUCAAACGGAGCAAAUGACCAACUCAUCGGUUAAUGAAUUCGCACAUUUUUAUGAUCUGAUGCUAUCCUGGCAAGGCAUUUGUUUGGUCACGAUCUUCUGUGGGCUGAUCGUGAUCACGGUGUUGGGCAACACGUUGGUCAUCAUGGCCAUAAUAACUACGCGUCGCCUGCGCACUGUGACGAACUGCUUCGUGAUGAGCUUAGCAGUGGCUGAUUUCCUGGUGGGAAUAUUUGUGAUGCCGCCAGCGGUAGCCGUAUAUUUAGUGGGCUCUUGGCGCCUUGGCUGGAUCCUUUGUGACAUUUGGAUAUCCCUCGACAUAUUGCUUUGUACCGCGUCCAUACUCAGCCUGUGCGCCAUCAGCAUAGACAGGUACCUGGCUGUAACAAAACCACUAAAGUACUCACACCAGCGUCGUUCAAAACGCCUGGCCCUGCUGAUGAUUCUUAUUGUCUGGCUUUUGGCAUUGGCUAUCACCUGCCCGCCAAUGCUCGGCUGGUAUGAGCCAGGGCGACGUGACCGAGACGAAUGCCGUUACAAUCAAAAUAAAGGAUACGUUAUCUACUCCGCCAGUGGCUCUUUCUUCCUGCCAAUGAUCGUGAUGAUUUAUGUGUAUGUGCGUAUCUCCUGCGUCAUCGCGUCGAGGCAUGACAAGAUGACCCACACCAGCGUGCACAGUAAGCGCUAUCGACGCUACACAACCACCGAUUCCAACAAUUAUGCGGAACAUCAUUUCUUGGAGCUGGCGUGCGAGAACAACGCCAGCGCGCGUAGAUUCUCUAAUCAAACUAUCGUCAAUGAUCUGAACGAAGUCGUAAUGCCUGAUGUAGAGAACGGUCGUCCGCUUCUCAGUGUAGCGGCAGCGAAUGGUGGUGGCAAAGGCAAUAUUUGCAAUUUGACACGACCAGUGUCAUGGAAAUCGCCACCAGCUGCUAUGUAUAAAUUUUCUUCCAAUGCCAAGCGUCACCAAUACGCCCGUUCAUGUCCGCCUGGCUCGAUAGCACAACUCCAGGCGCGCGGUUCGCAACCACAACAGCAACAACUAAAAUCAUUGGCCAACUGUAUAAUUUCGCUGCGAAAGGAGCACAAAACUACACAAACAUUGAGCAUUGUGGUGGGCGGCUUCAUCGCUUGUUGGCUGCCAUUCUUCAUUUACUACCUGAGUACGCCGUUUCUGGAGCAACAUCAGGUCAGCCGGACCCUAACAAAUGUGCUCACCUGGCUGGGUUGGCUCAACAGCGCUAUAAAUCCUUUCAUUUAUGCAUUUUACAGCAUCGAUUUCCGUGUGGCUUUCUGGCGACUCAUCUGCCGACGUUUCUGUAGCAAUACCCUGCGACCGCGAACGCCUACAACCACAACAUCAACGCGGCUGUAGUCAUCGUGUACCUUGAAAAUGUAGCACACGAGCGCAAAUGGAAAAAGAGAUGCAUCGGUAGCUGGCUCAGAUGUGCACUCGUACACACACCCAUGCAUACGUGAAGCUUUGCGCGGUCAUUAGCGUAGAAAUGAAUCGAACAUAACUUAAUCUCCACCUGCAAAUGCAGGAUGUAUGUAUGUAUGUGUUUACAUAGGUGUAGAUGUUUGAAUAUGCUCUUAUAUUAGUGUCUGUGAGUUGGAAACUUUGCGCCUACAAGAGAGACUUUGCACUCACUAAUAAAUCUGGCGUAACAACUUUCUAUUUUUGUUGCUUUGCAUUUAAAUAUCGAAUUUUAAUAUUAGCUCAAUUUUUAAGUAUUGCCCUAUGAAUUUACUUACACGCAUACAUACAUAGGCAUUCAUAAGUAUAUAGAAAGCAUUUUCAUUAAUGAACUUGCAUUGCUCGUGCAUCCAUAAUAUUUAACACUCUAUAAUAAGGAAAUAUGUGUGAAUUGUUCUUAAAAGUAAUUAAACUUAAUAAAUACUGUGUAU